GCUAAGAAGCUAAUGUGACAUUUUGCCUCCUGUUGCUAAUUCUGUUAUAUCUGCAAUCCCUGACGCCUCAAGCAUGGCUCAAGCUGAUAUUGCCCUUAUCGGACUGGCUGUGAUGGGUCAAAACCUAGUGCUGAAUAUGAAUGACCAUGGUUUUGUGGUAUGUGCAUAUAACAGGACGGUUUCAAAAGUAGACCAGUUCUUGGCCAAUGAAGCUAAGGGAACUAAAGUUAUUGGUGCCCAUUCCCUGGAAGAAAUGGUGUCCAAGCUGAAGAAGCCACGGAGAAUAAUAAUGCUUGUAAAAGCUGGACAGGCUGUUGAUGACUUCAUAAAUAAUUUGGUUCCCUUGUUGGAGCCUGGUGAUAUUAUUAUUGAUGGAGGAAAUUCAGAAUACAGAGACAGCACUAGACGUUGCAAAGAGCUGAAAGCCAAGAAAAUUUUGUUUGUUGGAAGUGGUGUCAGUGGAGGAGAGGAUGGGGCACGAUAUGGCCCCUCCCUCAUGCCUGGAGGAGACAAACAAGCCUGGCCCCAUAUCAAAGACAUUUUUCAAAGUAUUGCUGCUAAGGUGGAAAAUGAACCAUGCUGUGACUGGGUUGGUGAAGAAGGAGCUGGUCAUUUUGUUAAAAUGGUACACAAUGGUAUUGAAUAUGGAGACAUGCAGCUGAUAUGUGAAGCCUACCACUUAAUGAAAGAUAUAUUGGGUAUUGACCAAGAUGAGAUGGCAAAGACUUUUGAAGAGUGGAACAAGACAGAAUUGGACUCCUUCUUAAUUGAAAUCACAGCUGACAUUUUAAAGUUCAGAGAUACAGAUGGCAAACACCUGCUCCCAAAGAUACAGGAUACAGCUGGACAGAAAGGAACAGGAAAAUGGACUGCUAUUUCUGCUCUUGAUUUUGGUGUACCUGUUACACUUAUAGGUGAAGCAGUGUUUGCACGGUGUCUCUCUUCCCUUAAGACAGAACGUGUAGAGGCAAGCAAACAGUUAACAGGACCAAAAGUUAAUACCUUUUCUGGUAACAAAAAGGCUUUCUUGGAGGAUAUUCGUAAGGCCCUUUAUGCUUCUAAGAUAAUAUCCUAUGCGCAAGGGUUCAUCUUGUUCCGUCAAGCAGCCAAGGAAUUUGGUUGGAAGCUGAAUUAUGGAGGAAUUGCAAUGAUGUGGCGUGGCGGCUGUAUUAUUCGUAGUGUGUUUUUAGGGAAAAUUAAAGAAGCCUUUGACAGAAAUCCGGAACUUCAGAACUUGUUACUGGACAAUUUUUUCAAACGUGAAAUGGAGAACUGUCAGGAGUCCUGGCGGCGAGUGGUCAGCACAGGGGUACAGUAUGGGAUUCCAAUGCCCUGCUUUACUACAGCCCUUUCUUUCUUUGAUGGUUACAGGCAUGAGAUGUUACCAGCAAACCUUAUCCAGGCUCAGAGAGACUACUUUGGUGCCCAUACAUAUGAACUCCUAUCUAACCCUGGAAAUUUCGUUCAUACUAACUGGACUGGUCAUGGAGGCAGUGUAUCGUCUUCAUCUUACAAUGUGUGAAAUGUGCAUUCCAAAGCUUGGUGUAUAGCUUUUACCCUUUCUGUAGUAGAGAGUUCUGCUUGUACUUUUGUAAUCAUUAAAGUCACAGAUUAUGUUGCUUUUCCUACA